ACCAAAAAAAGGACGCUAAAAAUGACAUUUUUUCCCUUGUGGCCCGCCGUUGAUUUAUAUUUUCUCCCUCCAUCCUCUCAAUCUUGAGAAACUUUAUACAUUUUUCUACCAAUUCCUUCUUCUCCUACCUAAUCCAAUUCCUUCUGCAAUUAGGUUUUUUAUUCUACAGAAGUGAUCAAGAUGUUUGCUUCCAGAAUUUCCAGAGCUGUAAGUUUCUUGUAUUAAGUUCGAGUUAAAAAGCAUUACAUUAUCAAUAAAUUGCUAACUUUUCCUGGUCAAAUAGCUUCCAAGAGCAACAUCAUCCGUCACACGAUCAGCACCUCUUCGCACACCAUUAGGAUCCUCGUUUACCAGACGAUGGAACUCAGAUGAUGCGGAUAAAAAGGUUAAGGGACCAGUCAUUGGUAUUGACUUGGGUAUGUCCAUUCUAUGCAGUGGCAAGCGGGCUUGUUCGAAUUGCACAUUAACAUUUUGUUAGGUACCACUAACUCAGCGGUCGCUGUGAUGGAAGGACAAACUGCAAAGAUUAUCGAGAAUUCCGAAGGUGAUUUUUCCGCACUUCGUUGCUUUUGACCCCGCGCUGACUCGAUUAACAGGUGCCCGUACAACCCCAUCAGUGGUAGCUUUCGCACAAGAUGGUGAGAGAUUAGUCGGUGUAUCCGCAAAGCGUCAAGCUGUUGUCAACCCAGAGAACACUUUGUUCGCCACAAAGCGUUUGAUCGGAAGAAAGUUCACCGACGCUGAGGUUCAACGUGAUAUCAAGGAGGUCCCAUACAAGAUCGUCCAACACACAAACGGAGAUGCUUGGGUUUCUGCUCGUGGGGAGAAAUACUCUCCAUCGCAAAUUGGUGGAUUCGUUUUGCAAAAGAUGAAGGAAACCGCUGAGGCCUAUCUUACCAAGCCUGUUCAAAACGCCGUCGUUACCGUUCCUGCUUAUUUCAACGAUUCCCAACGUCAAGCCACCAAGGAUGCUGGUCAAAUUGCCGGUUUGAACGUUCUCAGAGUCGUUAACGAGCCAACGGCUGCCGCUCUCGCUUAUGGUUUGGAGAAGGACGAGGACAAGAUUAUCGCUGUCUACGAUUUGGGUGGAGGUACUUUCGAUAUCUCCGUCCUCGAGAUUCAAAAGGGUGUUUUUGAAGUCAAAUCCACUAACGGAGACACUCACUUGGGAGGUGAAGAUUUUGAUAUCCACUUGGUUCGCCACUUGGUUCAACAGUUCAAGAAAGACUCUGGCAUUGACCUCUCCGGUGAUCGCAUGGCCAUUCAACGUAUCCGUGAAGCUGCUGAAAAGGCUAAGAUCGAGUUGUCUUCUUCCAUGCAGACUGAUAUCAACCUUCCUUUCAUCACUGCCGACUCUUCUGGACCAAAGCACAUCAACCAAAAGCUCUCCCGAUCACAACUCGAGAAGCUCGUUGAUCCAUUGAUCACCCGCACCAUCGAGCCAGUACGAAAGGCUUUGAAGGAUGCCAACCUCGCUGCUAAGGACAUCCAAGAAGUUAUCUUGGUUGGUGGAAUGACCCGUAUGCCAAAGGUCAGCGAGUCAGUCAAGUCCAUCUUUGGUCGUGAUCCAGCCAAAUCCGUCAACCCAGAUGAGGCUGUUGCCAUGGGUGCUGCCAUCCAAGGUGGUGUCCUCGCUGGUAACGUUACUGAUGUCCUUCUUUUGGAUGUUACACCAUUGUCUCUUGGUAUUGAAACACUGGGAGGUGUAUUCACUCGAUUGAUCAACCGAAACACUACCAUUCCAACCAAGAAAUCUCAAAUUUUCUCUACCGCCGCUGAUUUCCAAACUGCUGUCGAGAUCAAAGUUUACCAAGGUGAGCGUGAGCUUGUCCGCGAUAACAAGAUGCUCGGAAACUUCCAACUUGUUGGUAUCCCACCUGCCCACAGAGGUGUUCCUCAAAUCGAGGUCACUUUCGACAUUGAUGCCGACGCUAUCGUCCAUGUUCACGCCAAGGACAAGUCUACCAACAAGGAUCACUCCAUCACCAUCGCUUCCGGCUCUGGUCUUUCUGAAGCUGAAAUUCAGAACAUGGUUGAUGAUUCUGAAAGAUAUGCUGAAUCUGAUAAGGAGCGUAAGGCUGCCAUUGAGGCCGCCAACAGAUCCGACAGUGUUCUAAACGAUACCGAAAAGGCUUUGAGCGAAUUCGCCGACAGACUUGACAAGACCGAAGCUGAUGGCAUUCGUGAGAAGAUCACCGCUCUCCGUGAGUUUGUCAGCAAGAGUCAAUCCGGAGAAGGUACUAUCACUGCUGCCGAGUUGAAGGAGAAGACCGACGAGCUCCAAAUGGCUAGCUUGAACCUCUUCGACAAGAUGCACAAGGCCCGUUCCGAGUCCGGAGAGGCCAAGCCAGAAGGUACCGAGGGCAGCGCAUCAGAAGGCGAGGCCAAGGACGGCGAGAAGAAGCCUUGAAAGAUUUAAUACAGGCAUAUUUCAUCUCAACUUUUUUAGCGAUAUCCAGGAGCGCACAUAGAGCUACCAUUCAUUGUAUUUUUGUACUCUUAUGUUGCAUAUAAAGCAACGAUCUCUCUUGUCACACAUACAUUUUUUCUUUUACUCAUCAUAGCUUUGGGACAAAAGGCGUUGGAGCAACCAAUGCUGUUCGCUAGAUUUCAGCGUUCAUGGAAUGUGUUACGAGGCAAAAAUUAUGGAAAAUGGCAUUACUCUGGCUGUGUAUAAAAAUUAGGAUAAGACGACGACGAAUAAUAUGACAUCCCCUCUCAUGACUGAACUUGGUCAUUCUAACUGCUAAUGGCAUUCAUGUUAUUGACCCUUAUAUGAUCAAUGUCAAAAUUUAAUCAUGUUUGAAGGCUCAAACAUAGCCUCGGCAUAAAGGCAUCUAGGUAGAUAAU